AUGACUAAGAAUCAAUCCAAUGGUCAUCGACGAGUUCUAGGGAAUGGACCGUCUUUACUUGAUGCCCCUAAAAUGUCUCAUUCACAAUCAGAUACCACUUCAAGUAGUACAAAUAAGAACAAUGAUGGACCACUUUUAUGUCCUAUAUGUAAUGACCAAAUGAUUACUCUUUCUCAAUUGAAUCAACAUAUAGAUGAUAUGCAUUCCGGUUCUCCUGGUAGUCUGCGUGUUUCAAUGAGUCCACACAAAGCGAUAUCAGCAAACUUAUCAGAUAUAGUUCAGCCACAAGCAAAUAUCACCCCUACAAAACGAAAAAUGAAUAAGAUUACAUAUUUCAAUCAAGGAUUUAGUUUGAGUGAUGAACAGAAUGAAUUCAUGAUUCCAAUGACUGCAACUGCCAUGAGUCCGAGUAAGGAUUCACAACCAAAUUCUGCAAAACUCAUACGAUCUCAUUGGAAAACGCAAGCGCAAGAUUUAUCUUCGAAAUGUAAUAUUAAAAAUUGUGAUAAAACAUUAAAUGUCAAGAAUGGAAUUGUUAAUUGUCGAAAAUGUGGGAAAUUAUUUUGUAAUGAACAUACUCAUUAUAAAGUUAGAUUAAGAAAUCCCGUGAAUGGUGAACCCAAAGCCCCUCAAUAUGAGUCAAGUUGUGGUGGAGUAUGGGGGAGAUGUUGUAUGAAUUGUUAUUACGAUAAGCCGGACUUAAAACAAGGGACAACCGUCAAUUAUACUGAUUUGACAGUGCAAUUCAAAUUCAAUAGACAAGCAAAGGUAGAUAUUCAACAAUUGAAUAGAAAUAAGGUCCAAAAGAAUUUCAUCAAAUUGACAUCUUUAUUAGUCGAAACAGAAUUUAAAAAACAUCCGACUAAUAGCAAUAAUAGAUGGAAUUUUUUUAAUAUCAACAAUCAACCACUCUUGCAGAAUGAACAAGAAAUUAUUGGAGGCGAUAAUUGGCAAGCUGAUACUGAUGUUACCAAUUGUUCAAUAUGUUUUGUUAGGUUUAAUUUAUUCAUACGAAGACAUCAUUGUCGAUUAUGUGGGAAAAUCGUCUGUGAUGAUCCCAAUGGAUUUCGUAAAAGUUGUUCAAUAUUAGUUCCAAUAUCUAAAUUAAUGGAAAAACUACCCAAAUUGAAUUAUUCUUUAUAUAUUAGGAACCAUUUUGAAAUGAUAUUACAUGAUGAAUCGAUAAAAUUCAGAUGUUGUCGAGAAUGUAAGAAUGCAUUAUUAUACGAUUGGAAACUUCAACAUAAAGGACAUGAGGAUGAUGAAAUUCAAGAUAUUAUAUUUACGAUGUAUGAAUCGAUUUUAUUACAAAAGAAACAAAUAGAGGUAUUACUUCCAAAAUAUGAAACAUUAAUCUAUAGUGAUGAUGAACUAAGCAAAACUAAACUUCGAAGUAAACUAAUGGUAAUUCUCAAAGACUUCGAAGGGUUCGUUAUUCAAUUCCGAGAUAGGUUCUUUAUAAAAAAUUCCGAUACUAUACUGGUUAAUCCGAAAUACAAUCAAUAUCAAAAACUAAUCAGUAAUAUAUAUCAAAGUAUUGCCGUUUUCUUACAAGAUAAUAUCAUCCAAUAUAAACAAAUUAGUGAAGUUCAUCGAGAACAAGAACAAAUCGAAUUAAAUCGAGUUCAAAAGGAGAACACCCCCGAGAUUCCCCGAUUGACAAAGAAACAAAUUCGAGAAAUGAGGGAACAAUUGAUGGUUAUGAAUGAACAGAAAUUUUUGGUGGAGAAUCUUAUUAAGGAUUGUACUAAGGGGAGAAGAUUUGAUGAAUUGGAUUCGUUGUUGAGUAAUAAAAAGGAGUUGGAAGAUACGAUUGAGAAUUUAGAAAAAGAACUUGGGGAAUUUGGAUUUUCAGAUUAG